UCUGCGUACGUGGUGGGUAUGCUCCCUGAAUAUAUCUUUGAUGUUGCUCAAGCGACGUCUAUCGUUUAGACGUUCGCGAUUUAGUUGCAAGAAGCUUGCUUUUCUUGAGCUUCAACGUUAUCGCUGGCAGGAGUAUGGCCGUUGGCUUACUCGCCGUAAGCGUGCUGAACGUGUAUACUUCUUACCGUCUGUGAAGGAUGAGGUAGAUGUGUUAUCAUCGGAAUCCGUUCAGCGGAUUCUUCAUCAAGGAACUGCAUUCCACUUUUCAAAAGACAUUGUGAAAUCAUCGCCAGAUUCUUCGCACAAAUCUCUUUUUGAGGGUCUCAUCAAUCUUAGGCGUAUAAAACAAUCUGAUUUGGUGCUUUUACUAUCCCUCCUAAUUAAGCUGGGUGUUUCAGAAUACACUUUGCUUUCCCGUACGUUACUACAUUGUAUUUCACGUUUUGAAAAUUUCACCCUAAGCGAAGUUGCGCAGAUUUCUUUUGUUAUUCAGGAUCUACCUGAAUCAUUCCGUAACGAAUUUUGUCGACGAUGGAUGCCGAAACUUAUACGUUUGCUGAGUAGGUUAGUGUCAAAUGACCGACUUCCUUUUGACUUUGGCGAGUUAGCUAAGUUAUCCUUUGCAUUAUCGCAAUUUUCACCAACGUCCUAUUCUGUGAUAUCAGCGCUUUUAUCGCAUAUACCUAUUCAUGAUGGUGAAAACGAUAGUCAUCAUUCACGUGACAUUAGUUUGUUUUGUCGUAGCAUGUUGCGAAGUGGCUUUGUGAAUUGCGAAUUUUUGAGUUACGUUUCUAGCUUUUACACUGAUACUCUCACUAAAGCGCUGGACCGCAUAAUCACACGUACGAAUCAGCGAUCAGUGCUUUCCAGGCGUAAUAUAGUGUUUGCCCUUGAGGAUGACCAUAGCGACUGCUUCGUACCGUUGGAUGAUUUACUCUUGUUUUUAAAAACAUGUGAGCGCUUCGGAUAUCACAACAGGGCCUUAUUGAGUGUUUUCAUUAGUUACGUUCAAUCCUGUAUGUCAUAUAUGGUUCACGACAGAUAUGUAGCUGAAUACUACCGCAACUACAUGACCACUCCCAAGGAUUCUGUAGCAUCAAAAAUUCGUCACAUUUUGCUUAGUGGCAAGUGCAAGGAUGUAAAAAGUGGCAGGCUAAAUUUACAGCAUAUUGUGAAAGAACUCAAUAAAAAUCCAUCUCGGAGUUCAUGGAGAUUUUGGAGUAUAAGCAGUAUAUGUACUGUUGGCUCGAAGUACAUUACCCAUCGAUUUGAAUUUGCAAUGUUUAUGGAGUUUGUUUUAUCGAAACUCGAUUUGGACGGUAUUAAUCAGCCAGAAACCGUUGCACUUCUAGAGCUUUGUCAUAAUUUUUCUAAUUUUUCUUCGAGGUUGGUUAGUUAUAUAACACCACUAAGUAAGCGGUUAUCGAGUCUGUCUGCUACAAACGACAAGGAUGAUGAUACCAUCGGUAUGGCUCAUGCUAAUACGAAUCUAAUUGGCGCACCAUUAACAGUUUCUAGUCUCUCAAAGCAUUGUGAAUCAUAUAUUAAAGACGGUAACGAUGCUGCUUUACAGUCAAUCAUUCAUACACUUUCACAGAUGUCAUUGAGACUACCUGAUGUUUAUUGUUGGCCGUGUAUAUGGCAAAUGGUAAAUAUUGCCGCUACCAAACGCUGUUUUGAAGUGCUCCCUAUCCUACGUUCAUUUAUAGAGGAAUCAUUUUUAGGUAUUAUCAAUUUAGACGAUGCAUCGGAACAUGCUUGUACGGUUAUAAAUCAUCUACUGGAUGAUGCUCGCCCGUUUGCUGAAUUCGGAUUGUAUCUGGAUAGUUGCUUACGACUAAUAGAGUUAUUUACGGCUGCAAGCUUAUCUCGCGAUUAUGGCGACUUGGUUUGUUUUGGCAACUUCUUCCAUUUGUGCGUAACAGUCGGACUAUGGAAGUCUCAUAAGUCUUUAGAUGCUGAUCCCGAUACUGUGGAAGCCGUUCAGCGUCUUUCUUCUAUAUUGGAACACUAUUUAGUAUUGUUUUCAGAAACAAAGCGCGACAAACUAUCUCAGGAAGUGCCUCGGAGAGUGACCAAAAGAGUAUUAAGCAGCUUAAAGAUGCAUUAUGGGCUGGGUUCAGAUUAUAAUAGUAACACAAUUGAGUGCUGCCUAGGGUUACUUCGUUCCAAUGAUUCCGCAAAAUCUCUUGGAUUUAUAAGGUCAAAUGUCGAUUUAAUUCGACACAUCAUACUACAAAACAGUUUUUAAGUUUAUAUUAAUCAUUAACUUGAAUUUCACAACUAUUUUG